AUGAGAGUUCGAGCGCUUCUUGCAGUCUUUUGGGUCUUCUUAUCGAUCGGUGUUGUUGAGGCAUUUGGGCCUGGUGUGAAUUCGAGGGCGCUGGGCGUCGCUGAUAUUCCGCCAUGUGGACUUGUUUGCACAAUAAGUGCACUUUCUGUUAGCGGUUGUCCCGCAUCCGAUGUCGACUGUAUAUGCCGCGACUCCAAGCUUACGCAGACGGUAGCUGAGUGUAUGCUCGCCAACUGUACGAUGCAAGAAAGUUUACAGACGGCGAGAGUCCAAGCCGAUCAGUGCAACCUAUCUAGAGAGUCGAAGCGAACGGAUAUAUUCACAUACACUAUCGUUGUGUACUCGUUGGCCAUUGUGUGUGUGAUCCUUCGGAUCGCAGGCAAGUUUAUAUCGAAAAGAUUGGCAUUAGACGACUAUAUUGUCGUCAUUGCGAUCUUGAUAUGUGCGCUGCCUGUCGCGUGCGUCAUAUGCAUGACACAAGAGGGGUUUGGUGAGCAUCUAUGGAACCUCCCAGAUGGCGCACUGCUGAGCGUCCUCCGCUACUUUUUCAUAUGCUGGUCAACCUAUGUCCUCGUCCUCGGUCUCAUCAAAGUCUCUCUGGUUCUUUUCUACCUAGAGAUCUUCCAGACUCGACGCUUCCGGAUCACUGCCUAUAUCGUUCUAGCCUGCAUUAUCAUCAACUCGGUCACAAUCUUCUUCUUCACGGUAUUCAUCUGCAGUCCGAUAGAAUCUUUCUGGAACCGGGAUAUCAAGGGGAAGUGCAUGGAUCUUCGAGCUAUAGCCUUCGCAAACUCGGCUAGUGCAAUUGCGCAAGACAUCGUCUUACUAAUUCUGCCGCUGGUAUCUAUCAAAAACCUUCAGAUGAAGCGCCAGCGGAAGUGGGCAGUCGGAUUCAUGUUCGCCAUCGGUACCUUUGGAUGUAUUGCAACCAUCUUCCGUUUCCAGACCCUCACUACAUUCAAGAUAUCUGUGGACCCUACGUGGGACUACGUCGCUGUCACCAUCUGGACAGAACUUGAGCUGGCCGCAGGUUUCAUUUGCGUGUCACUCCCCUCUAUCCGAAUAGUGGUCGUUCGGUUAUUACCUAAAAGAAUCAAAGAGUUUCUUUCCCACAUCACUCACUCAUCGAGCGACAGCGACCGGACACCACAGAAGCCCUUCAUCCACCUUCCACCGCCUCCUAUGCACAAGGAGUGGAAUAGACCUUCGGGUUGCAGUUGGAUUUCACUCGGCGCCAAUGAUCAUCCGCCUAUACUUGAGACCAGAAAGAGCUUCAUGAGUGGCAUUUGGCCCUGGGUAGACUCCGGAGCCACCCUUCCAACCUCGAGCUUCUCAUCGAAUAAGGCAGGCAAUUCCCGUCACCCGCUUUCGAUGAUGAGCAACUAUAGCGACACCAGAACAGGGGUUGCAGUCACCCAAAGUCCAUUCCACGAACGAAAGGACGAAUUCGAUCCCGAUGCCCUGGAGUUACUCACGGUACCACCAAUUUCCUGUGGCAGAUUCAUGAAUCGAGACUCCUGUAAGACUUUUGCCAGUCGAGACGACUCAGUCACGGCGUUGCCUAGCAUAGGCUGCUUACCCGAGCGUUCCUUCUCACAGGACAUGCCGAGACGGAAAUUGUCAAAACGUGGUCGCAAGGAUCCAGUUUGA